GUGAAAUCCAUCCCUAUCCCAAAUCCAUCCCUCUCUCUCUUCGUGAAAUCCAUCCCUACCCCAAAUCCAUCCCUCUCUUCAUCUUCGUCCGUGUCCCCUUCAUCUGGGUUAUGGGUGGCAGCAAGGCAUCUUCCACGAGUGAAGUUGGAAACGGCUUACCAAGAUGUGGAUGCAAUGAAACCAUGAAGUUGUUGGUCUCCAAGUCAAUUGAAAACCCCGGUCGCAAAUUUUGGAAAUGCAGGAAUAAUAUGAAUGGGUGCGGUUUAUUUUUGUGGGAUGAUUUGGUCAGUGAGUUUGCAGUGAAAGAAACCAAUCCGUCCGGAUGCCGCCAAUGUGAAGUCAACAAGGCUUAUUUGAUUGAAUUUGCUAAAGAGAUUGUUGAGGAGAUAGAUUGCAGAGUCGGAAAGCUUAACAAGUUAGAAAAACUGAAGAAAAAGAUUGCAAUGGAAAAGAGGAAAAUUUUAUGGUUAAUGUUUGUAAUUGGUCUGUCAUGGAUGUUGAUAGCAGCUAUGGUUAAGUUAGUCUAA